AUGCGUCCAGUGCAUCUGGACCCCGCGGGACUCCGACUUGCACCGUAUCGGGGUGGUUCGGCUGUCCUGGGUCCUGCUCUGGACGCGGCUUUCCCCGGCUCUAGUCCCCCGCACCCGCUGCACAUCACCCUCCUCACGCCAGCCGAGGCGAAGACGCAUCCUGCCCCGACUCCAUCCUUGGAACACAUCUACGUGCUCAAUACUGUAACUCGGGGGCAGGUGACCUUCGCUGUCGUCGUGUGGGUGCAUGGCAAUGCUGCGCGAACGAGCCUGGGUCUGGAAGAGAAGGAGUUCCACGUCACCCUGAGCGCUGCCGAUGCUCACGACAUUCCGAAGGGAAUCUCCCAGCUGCCCCUCGACAUUGAUGAAAUCGCAGAGUUGGGACUCGAUGGACUCGACCAUGUCUUUCUGGCCGCUCCGAGCUGGCACACCUCAAUCGCUGAGCGAAUGGUGAUUGAUUAUCCCGCCAACUUCAAGGGAUACGUGCGUCUCGCUGCUGUGAGCUCCCCAAAACUUGCGUGCAUGGCGCUGGCUAGGGCCGCGGCGCUCAAUCCAGACUUGCGACUGAGGAUAGUCAAGGAGCUUCGACGCCGAAACACUGAGACCUCCUACGGCCCGACGCUGGGCAAGGAUCUCGCCACCCACUCCGCUGCCCUGCUCCCGCACUUGUCGUAUCCGUGGCCAGUUUUGGGCACGGGGUUCUGGCCGCACCCGGCGGACCCCGACACUCGACCGUUGUUCCAAGACCAUACACUGCCCGAUGGCUUCAGCUUCCUCUACCCCCGCGUUUGCACCAGCUCCGCGCCCCAGAGCAUUGUCGACGUCCACGCGCUCGAGGCGCUGGGAGCAACGCACGUCCUGACGCUGACGGCGGAGUCGUGGUUGCCAGCAGAAUGGUUCGACAACUCCGGUUCCGAAACCGCAUACAUCGAAAAUGUUCAUGUACCCAUUCCUCAUCGGCAGGUACCAACACUGUCGGAGAUGGACGCAAUCUUCGCUAAUGUGAACAAGGGCGGGACAUGGCUCGUUCACGGCGCCGAUACCAACGAUGGGCGAGCCGGGACUGUCCUAGCAUGCCUGGUGGCGAUGUUCGGCGAAGAUGGUCAGGCAGAGGAGACACCGAAACUGGACGCCCUGGUAGCAUUGAGGCUCUUGCGCGAAGCCAGGCCGCACUCAGUGCUGAGCGAGAAACAAGAACGCUUCAUGGCCGAGUGGAUCGCACACUGCUGGUCUCUCCACCGCCUGCCAGAACCGACCACACAGCUCGAAGCCACCGGUGACACCUCACCCCGCGUACUGGUGCUCAUCGGGAGGCAUGGGGCUGGCAAGUCUUGGUUUGCGAAGGCACUGGCCAAACGUUGCCCUGGCAGCGUCAUGAUCGUCGGCGAGGACCAUGGCGAGUCCCGCUCAAGUCGGAUUAGGGAGUUCUCCAGCUACGCAGGCAACGGACUCGCGAACUUCGUGGUGCUCGACCGCUGCAACCUCACAGUGGCUGAAAGGGCUCCCUGGCUUGUUGUGUGUAACAAAGCAGUCGCGGUGUGGUUUGACUACGAGGAGGAGCUGUGUCAACAGAGGGUCGAGGAGAGGAUUGAUGAUUCACGAACUCGGUUUGUGCGUGAACUGGACGGGCAGCAGGAGGCGGAGAGCGAGGUGGAGCCGCCGACACUGGACGAGUUUUCCGGCGUACUCCGCAUAGCCUCGUUCGCAACUACGCGAGAAGCUUUGGAACGACUCGCUCCGGUUCCCGCCAUCGACUUCCCACCGAUGUCCCAGCUCGACCUCAAGCACAUUGACUCGGACCCUUCGCUCAGAGCGGAUCCGCGAGGGGCCUUGGUCGUGGAGGAGAAGCUCCAAGGAGUCAAGCUACGCAUUUCUCUUGAUGUUCACGGCCGCCUUUGCGUGCAACAGGAGGGCUCUUCUCAGAGUGAGCAUGUUGAAGAACGGAUUGCGCAGUACGACAGAGCACUUCGCCGAGUGCUUGAUCGAGAUGAGCGAUUUCCGCAGCGCUUCACUCUGUUCGGCGUGUUGACUGGCGAUGCCGGUCUCUUCUUCGCUACCGACCUGUACGACCGCGAGGCUCUCGGAGGUCCGGGGUUCGUCUCCCGCGAUGUGAUCGAGCGUCUACUCUGUGGUGAGAUUCCCGCCGCGCCGGUUAUUAAGCGGUGUGCGGCGCCUACCAAGGGAGAGAUACUGGAGAUGUCAGGAGGCAGGAAUGCAACCGGGAACGGCAGGAGAGAAGGAGUUGUCGUUCGUUGGGAGGAAAGAGGCUAUUGCUUCAAGAGAAUCGCAAUAGUGAAACGAUGA